AAGAAACAGAGAAAAAAAUUCUCAUUUUGGAUUAACAGUCUUGUUCUUUUUUUUUUUUUUUUUUUCAGAAAGCACUUUACAAAAAGCUAAACUUUUUUUAGGGGGAGGUGAAGGUACAGCAUAGUUUAACUACACAGCACUUCUCUGAGCACAAGAAUGUUGUAGGCAGAUGGAAAUUCCUGCAUGAAUCAACCAGCAGGGACAAAUUUAAUUUGAAGGAGAAAUAUUGCUGCUCUGGGGAGGAGAUACCAAAGCCUUUAGGGACCCAAAGAGAUACAGUAUAAAGAGAGAAAGAGAGACAAAGCGAGAGUGUUAACAAGGAUACAACAGGCAUGGAUGGGACAGAAAACUACACCAGCCUGCAGGAGUUAACAGAGGAGACAUCACCUGGAGGGAACAGGCCCAUCCUCGAACAAGGCAACGGCUCCCAGAGACUGAAGCGGGGCGUUAAGUGUUUGAGGAGUCAGACUGCUCUCCUGAUGCUUAUUGGCUUUUUGGCCUCCAUCUGCGCCAACAUUGUACUCACUGUGCUCUUGAUUGGCAGGCCAGAGCCAGGUGCCGCCCCGGACUUGUCAUCUCCAGGUUUGAAGCUGAACUCGAUGCAGAAACGUUACACCCAGCUGUGUAAGGACUACACCGCCCUGGGACAGAGCUGUUCACAGACAGUUAAACAGUGCAGCGAGUGCCCUGAAGGAUGGCUUCAUGUCGGGGAUCAGUGUUACUACUUCAGCAACGACAAGCUGGACUGGCUGAAGAGCAGAGACAGCUGCGCAGAGAUGGGAGGCUAUCUCACCAUACUGCACACCAUGGAACAACAUGACGCUCUGGAAAAAGAAGCCAGACGAAUUGGUGGAUUUGAAUACCACUACUGGAUUGGCCUGUCUGAUAUAGAGAAUGAAGGAGACUGGAGAUGGGUGGACAACACAACAGUGCAACACAAAUAUUGGGAUCAGUGGAGCUCAGAGCCAGAUAACCACCAGUCAGGAGGGGAACAUGGAGAGGACUGUGCCACCUUAGACAGCCACUCAAAGACAUGGUUUGAUGUUCCUUGUGAUUACAUUUAUAAACGAAUCUGCCAGAUGGAUGCCAUUCAACUCAACUGAAUCCUCAUACAACUGAUAAUACUGCACAACUGGAAUGUCUGAAAACUACACAGGGUUGUGAGAGACUAAACCUUAAAGUAGUAGUUACAUAUUUGGGAUUACAGAAAAUAAAACUCAUAUUUGCAGACCAAAAAGUCAUUUUUGUGACCGAGACAUACACAGGAAAACACUGCUUUUGUUUGGUUUGGUUUUGUUUUUGUUUUUUUUGUGUUGAGAUACCACCUGGAGGAAGUAUGCAGGGAGUCUCACAGUGGUGAGAGGUAAACUGUACUACUGCACGCCUGUUUUAAAGUAAAUUCAAAAGGAUGAACAUUACAUUAAUAUAGAAUGUAUAUUGCUACAUUGCACUGAUUUUAGACAAGGAUGUCAAUAUUUCAAAAGUUGAAGUGAUGAUUUUUGGAGUGCAUCUCUUUACACUGAUUAGUGUAUUAUUGAAUUUGGUUUUGAGGUAUUUCAUCCAAAACGCCAUUGUCUGAAUGUUUGGACAUCCAGAACUGACAUUAGAAAAAAAAAAGUCUUCCCAUUGUAGUGAAAUGAGCAUGAAUGCUGUCAUUGUGUCUUUGAAGUUCAGGCUUGAUUACGCGAUCUGUCUCUGCUGUAUAUCUUAAGGAGAGAUUUGUGCAAAUUCAUAACUUAAAACUGAGCUGCAAAUGAUUUUUAUAAAUAACACUGGUGCGGUUGUUUCCCCUUUAAGAUGAAGUGUGUUGCUUGUCUGCAAUAUUCCAAACUUUUGAGGAUGAAUGUAUGUCAAUAAAAUUGUGUUUUUU